AUAAAGGAAGCAAGUCACACGUCCACUGGGUAACGACUGUACCUGAUUAAUUAUCCCUCUUCUGUUUGAUUAAUAAUAAUGUUGGUUACACACAGAAAGGUUUAAUAAAGAAGAGAGAAAAUGGAAGAGAUAAAGACGGAGCCUGUGGAUUUUGUGAAGGAAUUUCAAGAAUACCUGACGCAGCAAACCCAGCAUGUCAACAUGAUCUCAGGCUCUGUUUGUGGAGAGAAGGAGACAGCGGAGGCGUUUCAAGCCGUUGCCCCAAGGUGUGAGCAGAAUGGUCUGGACCCCCCGUCAGUGGAGGUGAGCCUGCCACUGGAGGACGGGCCGGAUGUUCAGAUGGAUGGCCUGGAGAGGACCUGCGAUGGAAAGUACAAGUGCAGCUACUGCAGCUAUGCCAACAAAGGCAUGGCUCGCUUAAUAGAGCACAUCCGCAUCCAUACAGGAGAAAAGCCUCACCGCUGCCAGCUGUGCCCGUUUGCAUCUGCGUACGAGCGCCACUUGGAAGCUCACAUGCGCUCACACACGGGAGAGAAGCCGUACAAGUGCGACCUCUGCGCCUUUCGAUGCAGCGACCGCAGCAACCUAUCGCACCACCGCCGGCGCCGCCACAAGCUUCUGCCCACCAGGGUGGUCCGCUCUCCUUUCUCCAACAAGAGGAUGCUGAGCGCUUUGCAGAAGAGGACGGGCUCGCUGGGCUUCAGCCGCCGGCUCCUCAUCAACUUCAACCCUCCCUCCAUGGUAAUGCCAAAGUCGGAUUAUCUGAGUGACUUGUCUCACAAGAUCCACCAUUUGAACAGCGGCGAGUUUAAGAACCUACCCAAGGUGGAUGAGAGUGACAGUCGCAAUAGGAGUGCCAACGGUUUGACUUUUAAAAACCCACUGGACCAGCUGUCUACGCUUGCUGGCCAGCUGGCCGACCUUCACCCUGAGUCUCAGACUCCUGCAUCCCCAGACAGGGAGUCUUUCAAAGAUGAGAAGCCCAUCCUCAUUCAGCAUGUUUCCAGUGAACAGGUUGCAGUGUGUUCAAACGGAGUGCAGACGUCGCCGCCUAAAAAGGAAUCUCCCGCCUCAGGCCAGGGGAGCUGCAGUCCUGUCCCCGGCCUCAGCUUCGAGAACAACAUGAACGUUCUUACUGCGAGUGUGAGCAACAGCCAGCCCAGCACGCCCACCCCUGCCCUGACUGUGCCUGACCAACAGCUCUUACAUAAAUGCCAGCAUUGUGAUAUUCACUUCUCUGACAAUAUCCUCUACACUAUUCACAUGGGCUGCCAUGACUAUGAACAUCCAUUCCAGUGCAACAUCUGUGGCCAUAUGUGCAUAGACAAAUACGACUUUGCGUGCCAUUUUGCCCGUGGCCAACAUAAAAAGUGAUUAGAUGCACUUUUCAAUAUGUUGUUUAGACAGUAUAGAAACUAAACACGGUGACACAGAAUUAGGUUUUGUAUUUUUGUUAUGCACAGUUUAUUAUUUCUAUUAAUUUAUACUCAUGAAGUAUACUAUACUGUUGCUUUACUGCGAGCUUUUCAUAUUAGUUGUGAAGGUACAAAACCACACAAACAUCCUGUGACACAGCACAGUUUGCAGCAUUUCAUUGUUAGUGCUUGGCAAUGCUGUCUGACCACAGUCCUCCGUGUCUACUGCAGCUCGUAGUGUUUUUCUGGAUUUGCAAUGUCUGAAAUGCUUUUGAGUGACUCAUCAUGGUUUAACUCAGCUCUUACAGUAAACCACAAAUAUACAGAGGCAGCUACAUUUAAGUCAUUUUCAAUACCAAAGCAGUAUUCAACACCAAACAUUACAAACUUUAUCAAAGCUCUUCGUGUGUCAUUAGGACGGCCGUCUGUACAGCAUGUUGCUUGUUGGUCUAAUUAUACACCAAAGUUUAAGUUAAAUUAUCUGGGGGAUAUUCAUACACAGUACAAAACUCAAGUUUGUAUCCAGACACUUAAAAUCUUGCCUUUUUUUUUUUUUAAUUUAUACCUCAUUUCAGAGACUGUAUAAUGUGUUCGCCAACUCGUUCAACAAUGUUUUAGGUACAGUCACAUAUUGUUUUACUAACUUUUAUUCCCAAUAUUUAUAUAUUGUAAUGAGUAGUUUUGUGGUACCAUAUGUACCACUUUGUAGUACAAAAAUCAACAUUCACUGUAGCCACCUUCUGUCUGUGUAGUAGCUGAUGUUGAGACACUUUAAUACUUUUACAUGUAAUGUGAAGUAACGUUCGUAGCUUUGGGUUUGUGAGAAUCUUGGUCUAAAGACGGUUAAUUUGUUUGUAUGUUAUUAUCUUAUGACAGACAGAAAAUGUUCAUUUGAGAAUAAUAAAUAUCCCUUUACAUUUAAGUGCUACAUUUGCAGAAGUCAUGUAGGUGUUUCCAAUGGAUUUUGAGGAGAAUUCUUUUUUUUUUUAAAAACAUUUCCUUCAAGUUUUUCAAUAUGAAAUAAAAUAAUUAACUUGCA